AGCGAGAGAAAGGGAGUUUUCUAAGGGAUGAAUUAAACGGAGAUGACAUCUGCCACACCUCCUUCCUCUCGUAGCUCCUCCCCCCAGAAGGUUUGCCACUCCCAGACACAGACGGACGUUUUAAAACCCUUACUGGGCGGCAUUUCCAGUGGGGGCGGGACUCUGAGGAAGAGGAGGCGUGUUCUGUCCAAGGAUGGGCGUAGCAACGUGCGAAUCGAGCACGUCAGCGGGCGAAGCGCUCUGUACAUGCGUGACCUCUGGACGACAUUUCUGGACAUGCAGUGGCGCUACAAGUUCUUCCUGUUCACGGCCACGUUUGCCGGGACCUGGUUCCUGUUUGGUGUGCUGUGGUACCUGGUGGCGCUGGUGCACGGAGACCUGCUGGAGUUCGAUCCUCCAUCAAACCACACACCCUGUGUGAUGCAGAUGCAGACCCUGACGGGGGCCUUCCUCUUCUCUCUGGAGUCCCAGACAACUAUUGGCUAUGGUUUUCGCUGCAUCACCGAAGAAUGCCCAGCUGCCAUCAUCCUCCUCAUCAUCCAGCUGGUCAUCACCAUGCUGAUGGAGAUCUUCAUCACUGGCACCUUCCUGGCCAAGGUUGCUCGGCCAAAGAAGCGAGGGGAGACGGUAAAGUUUAGCCAACAUGCUGUGGUGUCGACCCAUGAAGGCCGACCCUGCCUGAUGAUCAGGGUGGCCAACAUGCGCAAGAGUCUCCUGCUUGGGUGUCAAGUGACUGGGAAACUGCUCCAGACGUCUCUGACCAAGGAAGGCGAGACGGUUCGUCUGGACCAGAGGAACGUGCCCUUCCAAGUGGACACUUCCAGCGACAGCCCCUUCCUCAUCCUGCCCCUCACCUUCUACCAUGUCAUUGAUGAGAACAGCCCCCUGCGAGCCUGGGCAUCCAAGGGCGGGGGCUGGACAGAUCCCGAAUUGGCUGACUUCGAGCUGUUGGUGAUCAUGAGCGCUACGGUGGAGCCCACUUCCGCCACCUGCCAGGUCCGCACCUCCUACCUGCCUGACGAGAUCCUCUGGGGCUAUGAGUUUCCCCCCGUAGUCUCCCUUUCCCCAUCAGGCAAAUAUGUAGCGGACUUUGCCUUCUUUGACAAAGUGGCCAAGACCAAGACCACGCCCAUCUUCAAACCAUCCAGCCCCCAGCGUGGGUACCAGAGCAACGGGGGUGGGACUGUGCCUGAAGUGUCGGAUCCAGAGAAGAUUCGUCUGGAGCAGAGCUACAGAGAGCGAGGGGAGGACCGUGGCCGCGUCAGAGACACUCCUCUCAGUGUUCGCAUCAGCAAUGUGUGAACAAAUGGUUGGCUGUUUGAAAAGGGAGCGUUUCAUACAGAGCAACUCGCAGGAGGCUGCCAAGUUCAGUGUCAACAGUAAUUCACUGAAACAUCAUAUCAAAACAGCUUUGGACACUGUCCUCUUAGACUGUUUUGAACUCAUAACAGAAAGAUUUUGGUUCUCCGUCGCACCAAAUGAUGCAGAAAGCAAAUACGGGAGACUAUGGGGCUACCCCUAUGGUCAACUUCAAGUUUGUCAUUGUCAUACAUUUGCUGGGAUAAUACAUGUUUUUACACAGGCUUGACUGUAUUCAUAUGAUGGUAUAACACACUACCUAACUGCAGCUAUUUACAUUUGAGUGUGGGGCGAGUGUCAUUCACAUCUACUGUAUACUCUUUUUUAACUAAAAAAAUAAUAGGUGGGAUUAUUUAUUCACAUAGGAAGAGACAACAAAACAAAACAAAACAAAAAAGAACGAAAAAAAACCAAAACAAAGCAAAACAAAAAAUGGAACAAAAGGAAACUAAAACAAGCAGUGUAGAGGAUGGAAACCUGGGUAGGCUUGUUUGGGUCUUUCCAGAGAACUAAAUGCCAAACCAGAAAAUGAAAAACGGUACCGACAAAAAAGUGCGAGACAAUAUGAGUGUAUAUUUUCUAGUGAAUUGAGGGUAGUGGGAUGUGGGAGAUGGAAAAAACUUCUACGAUAAAGUGGGCAGGAUAGACCCACAGACACUUUGGUAUAGAAGGGUAGAACCGUGUACUAUACCUCCUCUAACAUACAUGUUAGGUAAAUGUGUGGUUAAUACACACACAAUGUGCAUAAACUACUGUACGCACAAAUUUAUUUAUAAUUGUCAUAUUACUUUGAGUUUCAGCAUAGUCCUCCUCGUAUUACGGUAAAAACAACAGCGAGUAAUGCUUAUCUAUAACGCACAUAAUCCCUUUAACACCACUAGAAGCACUUACAUAUUGAGGAUCAUUGAACUUGAAGCAGUUAGAAGAAACUCUAAAACAGAUGCC